AUGGACUCCUCCACCUCCAUGGAGGACCCCUCCCGCAUCGACGCCCACGGCGCCCUCCUCCACCCCCCUUCACCGACCCUCUACAACACCAACGACGACGACGGGAGUACCGGCGUGAUCGACUUCUCCACCCUCGCCCUCCGCCACGCCGGCCUCUCCGCGCAGCUCAAACCCAACGGGCAACUCGACUUCAGCGACCCGGCCUCGGUGCGCGAACUGACGCGGGCUCUCCUGGCCAGAGACUUCGCGUUGAGGCUCUCGGUCGUGCCGGAGGACCGGCUGUGUCCGCCCGUUCCCGGGAGGUGGGCUUAUGUGGCUUGGGUUGGGGGGUUGGUCGAUUCGACGGAUCCGAGGGUCCCCAAGGGGGAUGUGAUGGGGAGGGGGGAGAGAGAAAGGCAAGUCCUAGGCGUGGAUGUCGGGACGGGCGCGAGUGCCAUCUAUGCGCUGUUGGCGCUGCGGGCGAGGAGGGGGUGGAGGGUCGUGGCGACCGAGGCGGAUAAGAAGAGUUUGAGGGCGGCGAGGGCGAAUGUCAGCGAUAAUGGGGCCGGAGUGGUGGGGAGGUGUCGUGUUGUGGAAGCUGAAGAGCGGGAGGAAGAUGGACAAGAUGGACAACGAGACGAAGGAGGCGAAGAAGGAGCUGGUCAGGGGGAUUCAAAAAGGUUGAGGAUCCUCCCCCUCAAAGCGCUGCGGGAGAUGGGCGUGCACAGAGUCGACUUUGUCAUGGUCAACCCCCCUUUCUACGCCAGCGCAGAGGAGAUGCGUGCGAGUGCGCGCGCGAAGAAGAGGCCGCCCAACAGUUGCUGUACGGGGAGCGAGGGGGAGAUGAUCUGUGAGGGUGGGGAGGUGGGGUUCGUGGGCAGGAUGAUUGCGGAGAGCGUUGCGAUCAGGGACGCUGCGACGAUGGCAAGAAGAGGCCCACGACGAGGAAUGGGGACAAAGGAGGGGGGGACACUGCAGGUCCAGUGGUGGACCUCGAUGCUCGGCAAGCUCAGCAGCAUCGGCGUCCUGAUCGAGCAGCUACGUGGGCAAGGCUGCAGUAACUACGCGGUCACGGAGUUUGUGCAGGGGAGUAAGACGCGCAGGUGGGGGUUGGCGUGGAGCUGGGAGGGGUGGAGGCCGAGCGUGGAUGUGGCGAGAGCGAUUCCGGGGCUGGAGAAGAGGCUGUUGCCCAGUGUCACGGAGGCGAGGUUUGAGGUCGAGGGUGAGGCCGACGGGGUGGGGAAGAGGGUGGACGAGUACGUCGAGGAACUGGAGUUGGAUGGCGACGACGAUGAAGGCGAUGGGGUGCGGUGGGUGUGGAAGCCGAGGGAGAGGAUGGGCCUGGGGGCUUGUCACCGGGGAGAUUGUUGGUCGAGGAAGGCGAGGAGGGCGAGGGAGCAGGAGGCGCGGAGGAGGAGGAGGGCGGGUGAGGUGGAUCAAGUCAUGGGUGGUGGUGAUGAAGAGGACGAGACGGAGCCGCAGUUGGUGUUCAGGAUCAGGGUCGCGGAGGGAGAGCUGGGGAUGGCGAGAGUCGAGGUCAGGUGGUUGAGGGGUCAGGAUGCAGUGUUGUUUGAAAGCUUCGUGGGGUGGUUGAAGCGGAAAUUGAAAGAGGGUUGA